UAGACAGUUGAGCGUGGUUGUAGAUGACUCCAAGGACUUGGCUUUUAUUUCUGAUAGAAAUGCAUCGAUCGCUAAAGCGAUUGGGACUGUCUACCCUCAAUCAACACAUGGAAUUUGCAUUCAUCACUUGCUGACCAAUGUGGUUAAAUCGUUUAAGGGAAAGGGUUGGACAGCGUUGGUCGAACAGGCUUCAAAGGCAUAUAGGUACUCUGAAUUUCAGGAACGUAUGACCGAAAUUUUUGAUAUGAGUCCAGAGCUCGGAAGAUAUCUACAGGAGGCUGAUGUGCGAAAAUGGAGUCGUUCUCUCUUCCCUGGUUCCAGGUAUGACAUUAGGACCACAAACCCUGCAGAGUCGAUAAAUUCUCUUUUGAGAAUACCUAGAGAAUAUCCGGUUAUUCCGUUGCUGGAUAGUAUAAGGGAAUUUAUGACUCGAUGGUUCUACGAGCGUCACCUGUUAAGCUCGAAGCAUCUUGAUCCUUUAACCGUCAAGGUGAAAAAAAGAUUGAUAGGAGAAUUGUCAAGGCAAAAGGAUUUCAGGUUUACAAGAUUGACAACUUCAGAUCGCUUGUGAAAGGAGACAUAUAUGAAUGUCAUGUUGAUUUGGAGAAUAGAACAUGCACAUGUGGGAAGUACGAUAUAGAAAAAUACCUUGCCGACACGCCAUUCCUGCCAUUUAUUCACGAGGUAGAGAAGUACACAGUUUCACUGACGUUUUAUACACAACUGCAACUUGGAGAACAGCCUAUUCGGAGUCCAUUAAUCCAAUAGCAGUCCCACAGUCUGAGUGGAAUGUCCCAGCUGAGGUUGACCUUGCAAAACUUUUACCACCAGAGUCAAGAAAGAGUGCUGGUCGACCAGUAAAGAGAAGGUAUGAAACAGUAGAAGACAAGAUCAAAUCUUCUCAAGGAUCAAGCAAGGGUAAAAAGCACAAGUGCAGCCGUUGUGGUAACGAAGGACACAAGAGAGGAACUUGCGAUUUACCCAUUUAACAUUUACGUUUCUUCUUAGAGAUCUCCUUAUUUCUCUGCUUUUUUUUGUUUUGUUUUACUCUUAACUACGUCCUUGCUUGACAAUUUCGUAUUUGCAACACUCUUGAGACAUUAUUGGUUUUACUAGAUGAUUAUCUCUAAGAAAGAAAGAACAAGAACCAUAGUCUAAUAAUUAUUUGAAAGAGAAAACAGAACAAACUGAGGCAGCAUAUGACCAUCAUGCAUAGGUAAUGUACAUGAGGACCAUCACCAAACAACACAGAAACAAAGCUUUUGUCAUCUUUAACUCGGUAAUGCAUUUGAUGGUCUUCUCUUCGCUACGUGCAACAGCAUAUUCCAUCUCAUCAAUUUUACUCUCAUGGCGUUUCAGCAUUGCCUCAGAAGCUCUCAUUGAUCUCUGAAAUUCAGAAUUGUCAACGAGGAGGACGUCAAACAGGUCUUUGAAGUCUUCAAUCUCCUCAACAACUGACUUAUCAGUCCAUUUGAACAAGUGGGUUUUGUCCUUCAU